CCCCUCCAUUUCGCUCCAGGAAGAGCAGCACCAUCCAGUGCAAGCAACACAAGCUCUUCUCCAACAUACACUACGACGCGAGUCUAAAUUGACAAGCCAUCGCUCACUUCUGAUCCUCAAUCUCUUUCGGCUUAGUGCGUUGGUUGAAUUCCCCGCCCUUUGCAAUGGAGUGCGAGAACGGCCACGUUGCGGCUGCCAACGGCGACGCCCUGUGCAUGGCGACACCCCGCGCCGACCCGCUUAACUGGGGGAAGGCGGCGGAGGAGCUGAUGGGCAGCCAUCUGGAAGAAGUGAAGAGGAUGGUGGCGGAGUACCGACAGCCCGUGGUGAAGAUCGAGGGUGCCAGCCUCCGGAUCGCGCAGGUCGCGGCGGUGGCCGCGGCUGGCGAGGCCAAGGUCGAGCUCGAUGAGUCGGCUCGCGAGCGCGUCAAGGCCAGCAGCGACUGGGUCAUGAACAGCAUGAUGAACGGCACCGACAGCUACGGCGUCACCACCGGCUUCGGGGCCACCUCCCACCGCCGCACCAAGGAGGGCGGCGCGCUCCAGAGGGAGCUCAUCAGGUUCCUCAACGCCGGCGCCUUCGGCACCGGCGCCGACGGCCACGUUCUGCCGGCCGAGGCAACGCGGGCGGCCAUGCUCGUCCGCAUCAACACCCUCCUCCAGGGAUACUCCGGAAUCCGCUUCGAGAUCCUCGAGGCGAUUACAAAGCUGCUCAAUGCCAACGUCACGCCGUGCCUGCCACUCCGGGGCACGAUCACAGCGUCCGGCGACCUCGUCCCGCUGUCCUACAUUGCCGGCCUUGUCACCGGGCGCGAGAACUCUGUGGCAGUCGCCCCAGAUGGCAGCAAGGUGAAUGCCGCUGAGGCGUUCAAGAUUGCCGGCAUCCAAGGAGGAUUCUUCGAGUUGCAGCCCAAGGAAGGUCUUGCCAUGGUAAAUGGCACGGCCGUGGGUUCCGGACUUGCCUCCACCGUGCUCUUUGAGGCGAACAUUCUUGCCAUCCUUGCCGAGGUACUGUCUGCCGUUUUCUGCGAGGUCAUGAACGGCAAACCAGAGUACACCGACCACCUCACGCACAAGUUGAAGCACCACCCGGGGCAGAUUGAGGCAGCAGCCAUCAUGGAGCACAUCUUGGAAGGCAGCUCCUACAUGAAGCUUGCUAAAAAGCAAGGCGAGCUCGACCCGUUGAUGAAGCCGAAGCAGGAUCGGUACGCGCUUCGGACGUCGCCGCAAUGGCUUGGCCCCCAAAUCGAGGUUAUCCGUGCCGCCACCAAGUCUAUUGAGCGCGAGAUCAACUCUGUCAACGACAACCCACUUAUCGAUGUCUCCCGCGGCAAGGCGAUUCAUGGCGGAAACUUCCAGGGCACGCCCAUCGGCGUGUCCAUGGACAACACCCGCCUCGCCAUUGCCGCCAUCGGCAAGCUCAUGUUUGCGCAGUUCUCGGAGCUCGUCAAUGACUUCUACAACAACGGUCUGCCCUCCAACCUGUCCGGCGGGCGCAAUCCGAGCUUGGACUACGGCUUCAAGGGCGCCGAGAUCGCCAUGGCCUCUUACUGCUCUGAGCUGCAAUUCCUGGGCAACCCGGUGACCAACCACGUUCAGAGCGCGGAGCAGCACAACCAGGACGUGAACUCUCUCGGUCUCAUCUCCUCCAGGAAGACCGCCGAGGCCAUCGACAUCCUGAAGCUCAUGUCCUCAACGUUCUUGAUCGCUCUGUGCCAGGCCAUCGACCUGCGCCACAUCGAGGAGAACGUCAAGAGCGCCGUCAAGAGCUGCGUGAUGACGGUUUCAAAGAAGACUCUGAGCACCAACUCCACCGGUGACCUCCACGUCGCCCGCUUCUGCGAGAAGGACCUGCUCCAGGAGAUCGAGCGUGAGGCGGUCUUCGCGUACGCCGACGACCCGUGUAGCGCCAACUACCCACUGAUGAAGAAGCUGCGCAACGUGCUCGUGGAGCGCGCCCUCGCCAACGGCAUGUCCGAGUUCAAUGCGGAGACAUCCGUGUUCGCCAAAGUCGCCCAGUUCGAGGAGGAGCUGCGCGCUGCGCUGCCCAAGGCGGUGGAGGCUGCACGGGCGGCCGUCGAGAACGGCACGGCAGCGAUGCCGAACAGAAUUGCCGAGUGCCGUUCAUACCCUCUGUACCGAUUUGUACGCGAGGAGCUCGGAGCAGUGUACCUUACCGGCGAGAAGACGCGGUCACCUGGCGAGGAGCUGAACAAGGUGCUCGUGGCCAUCAACGAGGGCAAGCACAUCGACCCGCUGCUCGAGUGCCUUAAAGAAUGGAACGGCGAGCCCCUGCCCAUCUGCUGAACUCGGAACAGAGAAGGAAGAGAAGCGAGAGUCUAAACUCUGAAACAGUAUUUUUCAGCAUAUGGGACUUAUUCAUUUUUUAUAUGUUUUUGUUGUUGUGCUAAGGAUUCUUCGUUGUAGAGCUGCAAUGCCAUAACCUGCUUUAAGCAUGGUCUGGUGGACUGUUGAAAAAAAUUGUUGUAGCAACUUGUAAGUUUUUAAGUACUGUGAAUCAUAUUGCUUUUUAUUUU